UAUACCAACCCCCUCCAAUCUCCCCUCUACCCUAAUCUCCCCUCCACCCCCUCCUCGUGUCGCAUGCCGAACCGGGCCAAAGUAUGAUCCGCCGGUGUGCUGAUCCUCUCUUGUCUGUACUCUGUGCUUGCACAUCCCUCACGUCCAAUUCGGUGGCUUGGAAAAAGUCGGCCCUUAGUUGAUAUCCAAUGGAAUUGCCAUUGGAGUCGUGAAAAUCGCAAUUGAUCGGUCCCCUGAUUACCUCCGUGAACAUCCAGUCUUCAUCAUGAGUAUCCGACAGAAAGUGCGCCGGGUGUUCAGCCGCUCUUUUAGUGGCUCUAAACACAAGGACACCAGUAUCAAGAUUGAAUAUUACAGACGACAUGAGGUCCCUCCCUCGAAAUUCAAGGGUCCCUUUGACCGCGAACACCAAAAGUCUCUGGCCGCGUGGUCCUUUGGGGAUGCCCAGGCCGGUCGACCGCGCUCGAUGGAUCUGUCUCUCUCGCCGUGUGCGUCGGUUCCCGACCAUCUGCGCCACGACCACAACGAUGAGGAAGUGGCCCCGGAUCAGAUUCGGCCGAUUGCUCCCCAGGACCGUUUACCUGAGUCUGACUCCAUGCCCAUUAUGUACCCUCGCGACUAUACCUCGGAGCGCCACACCCACGGUUCGUCGUCCUCCACCGCCGUCGACCCGGAUAGCUACAGCAGCUCGAUGAAGACGCUCUUGGACGUCAACCUCAUGCCGGACGACUCCGCCGCCCCGUUCCACAAGGAAUCGGUCCGGCAUACCUCGCCCGUGUACCGUCCUAUCUCACCGCCGCCCAUGGCCAAGGGGACGUACAUGCCUUUCUCCCCCGACGAUCUGUCACGGGCGUUGAACGCCGUGCAGAUAUGUACCUGAUCGUACCUGUUGGGUCCAUCCGAGUGGUCCUUUUAUUUUUUUUACUCGACCACCGUUUACUUCUUGACGACUCCUCGUCCAUCAUUUCG